GAAUGCCAGACUGAACAGGGAGGGGUGGAAACGGAGGCCCAACAGCUGGAAGAGGAAGGAUUGGUGGCCAACAGAGUCAGGUGAAGGGGGACAGGCGGGACCUGGGCGUGGGCGGCUGGGAGGGAGGAGAGGUGGCAGCAGCAGCCCUGGAGCACUGGGGACUUCAGAGGAAAAUGUGCCUGGACCCUGCCCUCUCUCUCAGGAGGUGGGCGGGUCUCAGAAGCCGCAGGCGGAGCUGAGGAGGACCAGAGGGGGCGACUUCGCCUCCUAACCACCUCCUGUCCUAUCUGAACGGGGUCUCUUCUGCCCCAAGUCCACUGUUUGAUUUAGGGAGAGAAAGGGUGCUGGAACAGGCCGGGUGGCCGGAGCCCGGCCUGGUGCAGAGUGGGGUACAAGAAAAGGCAACCCAAGACCUGAGGGUUCCAUUCCCUGCUUGGCCGCCAGAGGAAAGCGUGGCCUGAAUCCCGCAAGGCCUUUACUUCGGCCUAAGGACCUUGCACCCCACCUCACCCUGGAGGCCCCUGACCCUUAGCUCCGCGCCUGCACCGCCUCCGGUCCCGCCCGCCCAUCUAGCCGCCUCGCUAUUGGCUGCUCCGUCCCAGCUGGAGCCCCUGGCGGGGUAAUUAAGGAAGAAUUAAUGAGAUCCCCAGAGUCAACAGAAAAAAAAUCGAUGGGCCGCAGAGCCCGAGCGGCGGCUGCGUAGUCCCGCGGGGAGAGGGCGUCGGGGGCAUCGGUCCGGGCACUAUGGCCUCCCCUGGACAGACGACCGGUGCUGCGCCCGCAGCUGGUGGUCGGCCGGCACCGCGGCCUGCCCCGGCCUCAGCACCUGCUGAGGCUCCACCCAUGGCCUCUCCAGAAGCACGGGAGACUGGAGCAGCUCCAGCCAAGGAGAACCAAGUGGCCAUGGGGGCCGAGGUGACAGGGGGCCACACCUCACCUCGCCAGAAGUCCUGGCUGGUGCGACAUUUCUCACUGCUACUGCGGCGGGACCGGCAGGCCCAGAAGGCUGGGCAGCUCUUCUCAGGGCUCCUGGCCCUCAAUGUGGUGUUCCUGGGCGGAGCCUUCAUCUGCAGCAUGAUCUUCAACAACGUGGCCGUCACGCUGGGCGACGUGUGGAUCCUGCUGGCCGCACUCAAGGCCCUCUCCCUCCUCUGGCUCCUCUACUACGUGGCCGGCACCACCUGCCGGCCACAUGCCGUGCUCUACAGGGACCCUCAUGCAGGACCCAUUUGGGUGCGGGGCUCCCUGCUGCUCUUUGGCAGCUGCACCAUCUGCCUCAAUGUCUUCCGUGUGGGCUACGACAUGAGCCACAUCCACUGCAAGUCACAGCUGGAGCUCAUCUUCCCUGCCAUCGAGAUCAUCUUCAUCGGCGUCCAGACCUGGGUGCUCUGGAAACACUGCAAGGACUGUGUUCAGGUCCAGACCAACUUCACUAGGUGUGGCCUGAUGCUGACCCUGGCCACAAACCUGCUGAUGUGGGUUCUGGCCGUCACCAACGAUUCCAUGCACCGCGAGAUCGAGGCGGAGCUCAGUGCCCUCAUGGAAAAGUUCUCAGGCAACGACACCAACACCUGCCUGUGCCUCAACGCCACGGUGUGCGAGGUCUUCCGGAAGGGCUACCUGAUGCUCUACCCCUUCAGCACAGAGUACUGCCUCAUCUGCUGUGCCGUGCUCUUUGUCAUGUGGAAGAAUGUGGGCCGCCGUCUGGCCCCCCACGCAAGCGCCCACCCAGGCACCCCACCCUUCCACCUGCUCGGGGCCAUCUUCGGGCCGCUGCUGGGCCUGCUGGUGCUGGUGGCAGGCACGUGUGUCUUCGUGCUUUUCCAGAUCGAAGCGAGCGGCCCUACCAUCGCGCGCCAGUACUUCACCCUCUACUAUGCCUUCUACGCGGCCGUGCUGCCUGCCAUGAGCCUGGCGUGCCUGGCGGGCACGGCCAUCCACGGGCUGGAGGAGCGCGAGCUGGACACUCUCAAGAACCCCACCCGCAGCCUGGAUGUGGUGUUGCUGAUGGGGGCAGCGCUGGGUCAGAUGGGCAUCGCCUACUUCUCCAUCGUGGCCAUUGUGGCCACUCGCCCCCAUGAGCUGCUCAACCGUCUCAUCCUGGCCUACUCCCUGCUGCUUAUCCUGCAGCACAUCGCCCAGAAUCUCUUCGUCAUCGAGGGCCUGCACCGCCGCCCAGUCUGGGAGGCAGCUCCGGAGGGCCUGGGGGAGAAGCAGGACGCUGAGCUGCACCGCAGGGGCUCCCUGCUGGAGCUGGGCCAGGGCCUGCAGAGGGCCUCGCUGGCCUACAUCCACUCCUACAGCCACCUCAACUGGAAGCGUCGGGCGCUCAAGGAGAUCUCCGUCUUCCUUAUCCUCUGCAAUGUCACACUGUGGAUGAUGCCCGCGUUUGGCAUACACCCGGAGUUUGAGAACGGACUGGAGAAGGAUUUCUAUGGCUAUCGGACGUGGUUCGCCAUCGUCAACUUUGGCCUACCGCUGGGAGUCUUCUACCGCAUGCACUCUGUUGGGGGGCUGGUGGAGGUCUACUUGGGGGCCUGAGGAUGCCCAAGGAACCCACCCCCAGCAGAACCCUGAAGUGCCAAGGCUGGGGAAAUGUAGCCCAGAGAUUCUGAGGAGAUGCCCCAUUCCAGGGGGGCCUAGGGCAGCCUGGGCUCCCCGAAGCCUCCCCUUCCCUAGAGCCUCAUUAAAGGGCGUGGGAUGGGAACACUGUUCACGGCCCAAGACCAAGGGCAAAACCUGGACACUCAGCUUCUGAUGCCCACGCCCUCAGGGGCACAAGCCUGGCCCUGCUCACCACAUCAAUCCAGCCCAGAGUGCACCCAAGAAGCCCCCACAGCUACUCUGGGAGGACCAGCCCUAAAUGACUAAGUCUGGGGAGUUUGGAGAGGGGCGCCCCUACCCAGACAGGGCUCUGGAAUCUGCCUCCUGCUGGGGGAAGGGCACACUGUCUAAGCUUGGCCCAGGGCAUCCUGGAAGCUUGCAGCUGGGCGGGCAGCCCUCCCCCUCUCCCUCCACACAGUCUAAUGAGCUCAUUAAUUAGCUGCCAGGCAGGGUUCAACAGCUCUCUCCUGCUGCCAUAAACUCUGUUUGUUUGAUUGAUUACAUUCGGCUUCGUGGUAUUUGUUCCCAGGGACAGAGCUGCCACUCUGGGUAUGGUGGGAAGGGACAGUGCUCCUGGGCAUGGCUGUGGGGCUGGGACUGUCACGUUUCUGGUCCAGGAGGGGUCUAAACCAAUCCCUGCCUUGUCUGAUCCAGAUGAGAUGGGGAGCGGUCACGGCUUGUGAAUUCCAACCCUCGUCGGCACCCCAUCUCUCUGACACAGGGCCCCAGGAGACUUUCUGGAGCUGGCUUACCAUGGGGGCUGUGGCCUCUGGCUGCUGGGUCCCCAGGCCUGCUGGGUCCUCUGAGCCAUCAAGCAGAAAGGGCAAGCGUGUCAGCCCAUCCAUCUUCCUGAGCCCAGUGCAAACAGUGGGCUGGGCCCAGUAUAAGACCCAGGGCGAGGCCUGGUGACAGCAGCCCUGGGCCUGCAGGCGGGCUUUGCAUGCCUCUGGGCCCCGCCCCCAUGAAGCUGGGCACUGGCAAGCACAAAGCCAAGGCCCCAGGGACACCCCCAGGAUCUCCCAGUGACUACCUGGGGCCAGCAGAGCCCCUGGGAGCCGUGCCGAAGGCUGAGAGGUAGGCCCCUCACCUUUCCUGUGUGGGCUGUUUCUCUGGGUGACCAGAGCCCAGGGGGCCAAGCCUUGGGUGAGAGGGUCCAAUUCUCCACUCCCCCCACCAGGAAAAUGACAAACACAGGUUCCCAGGCAGACAC